AUGGGCAAGUCGGAAAGCCAGAUGGAUAUAACUGAAAUGAAUACUCCAAAACCAAAGAAGAAACUGGGAUGGAGUGGCCUGGAAGUGGGACUGGCUGUGGUGGUGGUGCUGCUGACCAUCGUGGCCAUCACCAUGAUCGCCCUGUACGCCACAUACGACGAUGGGGUUUGCAAGACACCAGACUGUAUCAAAUCAGCUGCACGGAUCCUGGAGAACAUGGACCCCAGUGCCAGGCCCUGCCAGGACUUCUACCAGUACGCCUGUGGGGGGUGGCUCAAGAGGAACGUCAUCCCCGAGACCAGCUCCCGUUACAGCAACUUUGACAUUUUGAGAGAUGAACUUGAAGUUGUUUUAAAAGAUGUCCUCGACACCCCCAGCACCAACGAUAUCCCAGCAGUGCAGAAGGCAAAAACUCUCUACAGGUCCUGCAUAAAUGAAACUGCCAUUGAUAGCAGAGGUGGAAGGCCUCUAAUUAGUUUAUUGCCAAAUGUGUCUGAGUGGCCUGUAGCAACAACUGACUGGGAUGCUUCCUAUGGUACUGUUUGGACAGCUGAGACAGCUAUUGCACAGCUCAACUCCAGAUAUGGAAAAAAGGUCCUCAUUAAUUUCUUUGUUGGCACAGACGAUAAAAAUUCCACAGCACAUAUCAUUCACAUUGAUCAGCCAGGGCUGGGCCUGCCUUCUCGGGACUACUACGAGUGCACUGGUGCAUACCAAGAGGCAUGUUCUGCCUAUGUUGAUUUCAUGAUUUCUGUAGCUGAACUAAUCCUACAAGAAAGAAAUAUUUCUGUCAAUGAGAGUGAGAUUUCUGCACAAAUGAGAAGAGUUAUGGACCUGGAGAAAGAGAUUGCCAAUGCAACAACAAAAUCUGAAGACAGAAACGAUCCACUUCUACUGUACAACAAAAUGACCUUGGCACAACUUCAAAACAACUUCUCACUGGAAAUCAAUCAUAAGAUGUUCAACUGGUCAGAAUUCAUAAAUGCUAUCAUGUCAACUGUCCAAAUCCACGUUGACAACACGGAGCAUGUCAUUGUUUACGACCCUGACUACCUUCUCAAGCUCAGGUCUAUUCUCAUGAAAUACUCUUCCAGAGACCUGCAGAAUUACAUGAUCUGGCGAUUUGUGAUGGAUCUUGUCAACAGCCUCAGCAGAGACUACAAGGACACGAGGAAUGCUUUCCGUAAGGCCCUGUAUGGCACCACGUCCGAGACUGCCGUGUGGCGCCGCUGUGCCAACUACGUCAACGGGAACAUGGAGAGCGCCGUGGGCAGGCUCUACGUGCAGGAGGCCUUUGCUGGGGACAGCAAGCACGUGGUUGAAGAAAUGAUUGUAGAUAUACGUGAUGUUUUUAUAAAAACCUUAGAUGAACUUCCCUGGAUGGAUGCAGAGACCAAAAAGAGAGCAGAACAAAAAGCAAGAGCAAUUAGAGAGAGGAUUGGUUAUCCCGAUGAGAUCGUGACAGAUGACAACAAGCUCAACAGUGAGUACCAGGAGUUGAACUUCAAAGAAGAAGAAUACUUUGAAAACAUUAUUCAAAAUUUAGUAUUUACCCAGAAGAAAAGGUUGAAAAAGCUUAGAGAAAAAGUGGACAAAGAGGAGUGGAUAAGUGGAGCUGCUGUUGUCAAUGCUUUUUACUCAGCAAGUAGGAAUCAGAUAGUCUUCCCUGCGGGCAUUUUGCAGCCCCCUUUCUUCAGUGCCUCCCAGCCCAAAUCUCUGAAUUACGGCGGCAUCGGAAUGGUCAUCGGGCACGAGAUCACACACGGCUUUGAUGACAACGGCAGGAAUUUUAAUGAGAAUGGUGACCUUGUGGACUGGUGGACUGAAGAAUCGGCACGGAAUUUCAAGGAGCUGUCCCAGUGCAUGGUGUACCAGUAUGGGAAUUUCUCGUGGGACCUGGCAGGUGGACAGAACCUGAGUGGAAUCAAUACACUGGGAGAAAACAUUGCUGAUAAUGGGGGUGUGAGACAAGCAUACAAGGCUUAUGAAAACUUUGUGAAAAAACAUGGAAAAGAAAAGCUUCUUCCUGGUCUCGACAUGAACCACAAGCAGCUGUUUUUCCUGAACUUUGCACAGGUGUGGUGUGGAACAUACAGACCAGAAUACGCAGUGAACUCCAUCAAGACAGACGUGCACAGCCCAGGCAAAUUCAGGGUCCUGGGAUCACUGCAGAACUCCCCAGAGUUUUCAGAAGCCUUUUCAUGCACCACGAGAGACAACAUGGAUCCUGCCAAGAAGUGCCGUGUUUGGUGA